GGUUUUCUUCUGAUUCGAUAUCUAGAACUUCUUCUUAUGCAUCAGAAGCUUCGGUUUACUAAACUAUAGCCGAAAUUCUAGAGAAGUUAUCAUCAAAAUUCUCAUAAUUGACAUCUAAAGCUUUCUUGUAUGCUGAUAGACUUCAAUUACUAUAUCAAUAAUAUCCAGCCUGAUUAACUUCUGAAGGUUCUCGGUUCUUAUGGGGGAGCGACAUCUAAAAUAGAGACUUGAAAAAAAAAUCUAAGAAAUGAAAUAUGUCGACCAGGACUAGGGCGGAGGAAUCUUAUCAUGCAUAACUAAACAAAACGCUUUUGGACAGGAAUAUCGACUAAUUGAAGCAAUUAUGAUCCCGGCCAAGGAACAAAUGCAACAAUAAGUUUGUAUGGUUCAAACCAGCCAGACCAUUGACCAAAACACUGCUCUAUGGGUUCAUAAAAUGUCCAGCAUAAUUUAUGAGUUUUAAGACAAGUGAUUCAGAAACCCUGCUCUUGUUUAAAACCUGCUGGACAUUGAUCAAAACACUGCUCUUGUCUAAAAUCUCAUAAAUUAUGCUGGACAUUUUAUGAGGUUUUAAACAAAAAAUUCAGAAAUCUAAUUGGGGAUGCUACCAAGCCCAACUCAUUCCAAGCCUUAAGAAGCCCAAGAAAGUCCAUCACAUAUGAUUUAUAUGUCUGCCAAACAUACCAAGAGCAUGGUGUGAGAAGGCUUGUGGUGCUUAGAGCAUCUGCAUCGUGUCUCUAAAGGUAGGGGGUCCACGAUUUUGGACAAAACCGUAUACAAUGUGUGCACAAUAAGAAACGUAUAAUGUGUGAUUUUUGCACUGUUCACGGACCCCACUGACACGUGGCGGCUCGAGAUUAGUGCGCUUUUAUUUUUUUUUUAAAUAAGAAAAAAUAAAAAUUAAAAUUAAAAUAAAAAUAAGAAAAGUAUAUGGGAUAAAGAUGUUCUUACCACCUCAACAUAGCAUACCUGUAAAAAACUUUCAAAUUAAAAUCUACCUUUUAAAAUUGAUUUUCUCUUAAUAUAUAAGGGAUUAUAUAUUUACCACAUAAGGGAUGAUAUCUUUCCCACAUAAAUUUGAAGUUCAGUUGAUGACUGGUUGAAUAAAAUAGAAGUCAAAGAUACGGUCAAAUAUUACUAAAGUUAAAGAUUUUGAAAAGUUAAUGCAUGAUAAAAAGAACGAUAUUUUUUGACAAACCUAUAAGUUUGUACGCAGUACGCGUCCUAAUUGUAUUCUUAGAACGGAACAAACUUUGCCAUGAACCGAGAGAAGUACAAUCCAAUGAAUCACUGUAAGAUCAUCAGACGCCGCACACAAUCAUCCACGACCUCCUCAACGUAUGUAGGAGGGAACCUAGAGACGCUUCCCAUCGAUCUCAUCGUGGAGAUACUCAAGAGAUUACCAACAAAGACCAUUGCAAAAUGCCGUUGCGUCUCGAAGCAGUGGGGUUCCUUACUUUGCGAUCCAUAUUUCACGAAAUCAUUCCUGACAUGUUCAUCAACUCGGCCACGUCUUCUGUUCACAUUCGAAUUUGGCGGCAAGUGGCAUUUCUUCUCGUCCCCUCAGCCUCAAAAUGGCGAUGAGCAGGUUGUAAUAGCAGAUUAUCAUAUGGGUUUCUCUGGAGAUUGGUACAAGGAAACUUGUAUACUCGCCAACGGGUUUAUCUAUCUAAAUGAUAGGAAGAUGUUAAAGGAAAAGAUGGAAAGGGUUCCUGUGAUAUGUAACCCUAGCACGGGCCAGCAGGUACAUUUACCUAAAGUGUUAGCAAAGAAUAAGGACUUGAGAAGCUUUUUAGGGUAUGAUCCGAUCGAGAAUCAACUCAAGGUUUUGUGUAUGACUGUGGCAAGGUAUAGAGAACAAACUAACUCUAGAGAGCAUCAAGUUCUGACGUUAGGGAAAGGAAAACCAUCAUGGAGGAAGAUCGCAUGUUUGUUUCCGCAUUUUCCUGAGAAUUUCGGAACUGGGAUAUGCAUCAACGGGAUUUUGUAUUACAUAGCUCGGAGCAACUUGAAUACAGUGAUAGCAUGCUUUGACGUUAAGUAUGAGAAAUUUAGGUUUAUACAAAUAGAUGAUGAGAACUCUAAGUUGUAUUGGUUCUUGACGUUAAUAAACUACAAGGGAAAGUUAGGUGCCAUAGUCUAUGAUCGUAGUGCCAAUGGUCAGUUAUGGGUUCUAGAUGAUCCUGAAAAGGAGAAAUGGUCGAAGCAUAUCUUUCAUUUGCCAGAUGCAGCUUUUUGGAUCGUGAGAUCAAUUUGGGCAACUGAUACGGGUGAAAUUGUUUGGACGCGAAGUCGUUGGACCCAUCCAUUCUAUGUCUUCUACUACAAUCUAGAGAGACAGAGUGUUAGAAGAGUAGAGAUCAAAGGAAUUGAAGGGAAGGUAUUGAUGGGUCACUAUCGUCCCGAAGCAAUCUUAACCUUCACAAACCAUGUUGAGAAUGUGAUGCUUCUGUAAUAAAUAUGUGGCUGAUCUCAGUGUUUUUUUUCUCUCUUUUUUUGUUGUUUCCUUGUUUGAUUCUAACUUUUAAGUCUUUUCUUCAAUUGAUCAUUUCUGAAUCUUAAUGUUUAGUUUUUUUUAUUUGAUUUACUUGUGUAUUUUUCUGUCACUUAACUCUCAACGACAUUGAUCUCGUUAUUGUUUUCCUGCUACUGCUUUUUUUUUUAUAUGCAUGAUAUCACUUACAGAUUACGUAAACUUGAGAAACAAAUCUUACGUAAAAAUAUAUAAGCCACAUAACGUUAGUCCUCGUGAGCUGUGAGGUUUUGAUGAUGCCAAUAAGCAAGUAUGAUUGAGGUGCGCGGGUGUAUUCACUUUUUAACUUUUAAUAUUAUCAUAAACAUAAUUGUUUAUGUUAUUGUUAUAGAUUCAUAAAUUUUUGACAAUGGUGUGUCUUAUUCAAUGUGUUUUGCGUCCAUUUAUGAACUAUGAGAUUAUGUUUUUAUUUUAUUGUGAUUUUAUUUACUUAGUAAAGUGAAAAUUAAAUUAUAAAAUUUGAAAGUUUUUGUUUUAUGAAAUUAAACUAUUAAUAUUGGGAUUUAAGUUGAACAUUAAGUUCAAAUUUUAUAUUGAUAUUUUUAAAACAAAUAUAUUAUUUAGACAGAAACAUAAAAAAUAAUGAAAGCAAGUUACGCAAAAUACAAUUGUACCACAUUUUUGAGAAAAAACUCCAGUAUAAUUUUGUAAAGAACAAAAACACAGUGGAUAAAAAAUAGAGUCUCAUAUUCUAAAACAAUACCUAUUGGGAAAAGAAUGACUCAGAGUCCAUCACGUCAACCUUCACUUGUACCACAAGCAAUACAAUUACCAUCUGCUCUAGAAUUUGAAGAUCACAUACCGCUACUUGAGCCAGGCUUAGAGCUUGGUCAAGAUCACAUAAAAGAGCAAGCUU